AUGCAAGUAGAACAACCAUUUCAACAAUGGGGGAUAGACUUCAUAGGCGAAAUCUCAGAUAAGUCAAGUGGAGGACAUAAAUGGAUACUUGUAGCUACUGAUUAUUUGACUAAAUGGGUGGAAGCUGUACCUACUAAGCAAGCCACUAGCAAAGUAGUAAUUAAGUUUCUAAUGGAUAAUAUUAUCUCCAGAUUUGGUGUCCCUACAAAGAUCAUAACUGAUAAUGGAAUGUGCUUUAGAUCAGAGGAAUUCAAUGAGUUUUGCAAAGAGUAUGGUAUUCAGAUAUCACAUUUGUCUCCUUACCACCCUCAAGGGAAUGGACAGGCGGAAUCAAGCAACAAAAAUAUCCUGAAAAUUAUUAAGAAACUGCUAGGAAAUAAUAAGAAAGCUUGGGAUUCCAAAUUAACUUUGGCAUUAUGGGCAGAUAGAAUAACUGUGAAAAAGUCCAUAGGAAAGGCACCAUUUGAGUUGGUUUAUGGAACUAGGGCCAGAUUGCCUUUAGAUAACUUAUUGCCCGUAUAG